AGAGCAGAAAGCUAUCCCCGGUUCCUUCCAUCCUCCUCGACCUUGCUCCUCUUCCUAUUCUUCACCUUUCAUAAAACAAAGACAUUCCUAUCUUCCGCACGCAUUGUGUGCUGUCGUACCACAUCGCAUACAUUCCUUUCAGUUGGUUUCUCAAUUGACGUAUCUUCAAAAGGACGUCAGAGCUUCCAAUUCCCACCACACACAAUUCCUGCAGCAGGAGAAGAGCAAGAUCAUUGCUCCUUCCUCGCUCUCAGGUAGUCGACGGGCUUUCCAGCUUCGAAAUUGGAAAUACGUCGAUCGCGCCAUCCCCAGCCAUCUUCUUUCCUCACCAACAUCAGACCAUCAAAAUCCGUCGCAAAGAGAAACAUCCCACAAAACACCAUGUCUGAAGGGAACAGAGACAUCCGGAACCACUUUCUGUUCGAGAUAGCCACUGAGGUUGCGAACCGAGUGGGUGGUAUCUACUCUGUCAUCAAAUCCAAAGCACCGGUGACCACCGCAGAAUAUGGGGACAGAUAUACCCUUAUUGGGCCUCUCAAUAGGCAAUCGGCCGCUGUGGAGGUCGAAGCACUCACGCCCACGAAUCCACAAUUAGCUGCGACCAUUGAGUCGAUGGAAGCGCGAGGCAUUGGCAUUGUAUACGGGCGCUGGUUGAUUGAGGGAGCUCCUAGAGUUGUUUUGAUCGAUACAAAAACCGCCUACCGAUUUCUAGACGAGUGGAAGGCCGAUCUCUGGAAUACCGCAGGAAUCCCAUCCCCACCCGGUGAUGAUGAGACCAAUGAGGCAGUAGUCUUUGGAUACCUUGUUGCGUGGUUUUUGGGAGAGUUCGUUGCGCAUGAGAAGACCAAAGCUGUGAUUGCACACUUCCACGAAUGGCUGUCCGGUGUAGCACUUCCGCUCUGCAAGAGGCGUCGAAUUGAUGUUACCACAAUCUUCACUACCCACGCUACCCUGCUCGGACGAUACCUUUGCGCAGGCUCUGUCGAUUUCUACAAUAACCUACAAUACUUCGAUGUGGAUGCAGAGGCUGGAAAGCGUGGAAUCUACCACCGAUACUGCAUUGAGCGUGCAGCAACACACUCGUGCGAUGUCUUUACCACUGUUUCCCACAUUACCGCAUACGAGUCUGAGCAUCUCCUAAAGCGAAAACCAGAUGGUGUUCUUCCUAAUGGUCUCAAUGUUACGAAAUUCUCUGCCAUGCACGAAUUUCAAAAUUUACAUCAGCAGGCAAAGGAGAAGAUCCACGAUUUCGUACGAGGCCACUUCUACGGACACAAUGAUUUCGAUCCCGAGAAUACCCUUUAUUUUUUCACUGCUGGUCGAUACGAGUACAGAAAUAAGGGUGUGGAUAUGUUCAUUGAGUCUCUGGCGCGUCUUAACCACAGACUGAAGUCUUCGGGGUCUAAGAUGACUAUUGUUGCAUUUAUUAUCAUGCCUGCACAAACUCAAUCUUUGACUGUUGAAGCUUUGAAGGGACAAGCUGUGAUCAAGUCAUUGCGAGAUACGGUGGAUGUGAUCGAACACAGCGUUGGGAAGCGAAUCUUCGAGCGAGCUCUCAAAUGGCAUGAUGGAGACCCAAUGCCCGAUGAGAAGGAUUUGAUCACCAGCCAGGACCGAAUUCUGCUCCGCAGACGAUUAUUCGCCAUGAAGAGACACGGCCUUCCACCUAUUGUCACGCACAACAUGGCAAACGACGCAGACGACCCAAUUCUAAAUCAAAUCCGCAGAGUUCAACUCUUCAACCAUCCUACAGACCGUGUCAAGAUCGUCUUCCAUCCUGAGUUCUUGAACUCUGCCAAUCCAGUUCUGCCAAUGGAUUACGACGAAUUCGUUCGAGGUACCCAUCUUGGUGUCUUCUCAUCUUACUAUGAGCCAUGGGGUUAUACUCCUGCUGAGUGUACUGUGAUGGGUGUACCGAGUAUCACAACGAAUCUAUCAGGUUUCGGAUGUUAUAUGGAAGAGUUGAUCGAAAACUCGACCGAUUACGGAAUCUACAUUGUCGACCGAAGAAUGAAGGGCGUUGAUGAUUCAGUCAACCAGCUCACAUCUUUCAUGUUCGACUUUGCGGGCAAGUCUCGCCGUCAACGUAUUAACCAGCGAAACCGAACCGAGAGGCUGAGCGAUCUGCUGGACUGGAAGAGAAUGGGUAUGGAGUAUGUGAAGGCUAGACAAUUGGCCCUCCGCAGAGCCUACCCAGCUUCCUUCAGCAGCGAAGACGAAGACGACUUCAUCCCAGGCAUUGAGCAAAAGAUCUCACGGCCAUUCAGCGUACCAGGUUCGCCAAGAGAUAGAAGUGGUAUGAUGACUCCGGGUGAUUUCGCCAGUCUGCAAGAAGGACGAGAAGGUUUGAGCACGGAAGAUUAUGUUGCGUGGAAGUUGCCUGAGGAAGAAGACCCUGACGAGUACCCAUUCCCUCUUACCCUGCGAGCGAAGAGACCUCAAGGGCCGACAAGUCCUGCCGAACCAGUCAUCACCAACGGCAAUGGUCUUUCAUAGUCAAUCUGCGGGAAGGAUUCCGGGAGAGAAAUGAGCUGCAUUCUCGCAGUGCGGACCAUAUUUGAAGGCAGCGUUGCUGGGUUAUGGAUUCUGGAUUUAACACAGAACUCAUGUGUUGAAUGGGGUCGAUAAGAACUCGAAAUGGAUGGAUGGUUGACAUUGGAGGUGGAAGGUAGAGCAGUGUGUGUAAUCUUGUACCAAGAGUCGUUUCAUCGUUGACUUUAUCAUCGCUCGCGCUGCAUGAAGUUCCUUUUACCCUUGCGGCUUUUGUGCUUUUCCAGAUUUUGAAAAUGUGUAUAUUCUUUUCAGACAAUGGAACGGGAUUUUCAACUCCGCUGCUCCUCGAAGGGCCAGACAUUAUGAUGGUGAAAAUGUAUGUCAGAUUUUGAGCUUCUGAAUAUCGAAGAUUGUGG